AUGAUAAAGGAUUCUAGAGAACAGAACUACCCAACUACAUAUAAGGGCAGUAGUAUCAAAGAGUUUAUGAGGUUGAACCCUUUUGCUUUUGAGGAAGGACCUGAUCUAGUGACUGCAAAAAACUGGAUCCAGCAAAUAAAAGAGAUACUGGAGGUACUUGGCUGCACGAACGAUCAGAAGGUCUGUUUUUCCGCAUUUAGAAUGACUGGUGAUGCAAAACGUUGGUGGCUUUCUGUGAAGCUACUAGAGGAACAGAGAUUGGUAAAGAUAACUCUAACCUAUGAGAGAUUUAAGGAGCUGUUAUUUGAUAGAUAUUUUCCUUCAUCUGUCAGAGAGGAAAAGAUUAAAGAGUUCACUAACUUGACCCAGGGAAAUAUGACAAUCAGAGAAUAUGCGACCAAGUUUGUUGAAUUGUCGUGUUUUGCUCUGUUCUUGAUUCUGAAUGAGGUAAGGAAGGCCAAGAAAUUUGAAAAAGGCCCAAGAUGUAGAAUUUAUGAACUGGUAGUGGGAUUCCAGGUUCAGAAUUUCUCAGAUUUGGUAGAUAAGGUUUCGGUGCUGGAGACGAGCAUCUGGAGCAGCACAGAGUCUGCAAAGCAAACUAAGAGGCUUGCACCAUCUAGUAUUCAGGUUGAGACUCCUUGCUAUUUUACGUGCGGUAACUCGGGGCAUAUUAAGAAGAAUUGUCGAGAACCGUUACUUGUUGUACUUGCACAAAAUCAAGAUCGAGGAAAACAGCCAAUACCACUUGGUAGAGGUGGUCCAGCACGAGUUUACUCGUUGAUCAAGCUUGAGCUAGAGAAUGCCAAGGGAGCAGAUGUUGUUGGGUAA